UUUAUGUUAAUUACACUUUACACCCAUUUUAUCUCAGGCUAUGAAGAAAUGUUAACUAAGGAAGAGACAUACAUAGCCCAUCAGUAAACAAACAAUAUAAUGUGAAAUACUGAUCACAAUAAUUAUUUGAGAUUAAGCCUGGAUGAUAAAACUUGCAAGAAAAUAAACAUGAAGAAGGAAUUUAGAAGAUUUUUAGAGCACGGCACGUACAUGACAAUAAUUUUAGUAUUAAUUCCAGGUUUUGUGUAUUUUGAACUAUGUGUUGUUUUACCUAAUGUUUCUGAGGCUUGGUCAUUAUCAUAUUUUGUCCACUACUUUUGUGCAAUAUUUUUACUGCAAAACAUUAUAGGCAAUAUGAUAUACGGCAUGUUUACUAAUACAAGUAUAAAGGAAAAAUACUUAGAACCAGACAUCAAAUCUAAUUGGACUCUGUGUUCAGUCUGCGAGUGUCUCCGUCCCCCACGAGCAUGGCACUGUAACAGCUGUGAUAUUUGCAUAUUAAAAAGGGACCAUCAUUGCACAUUUUUUGCAUGUUGCAUAGGAUAUUUUAAUCAUAGGUAUUUUAUGUACUUCACUUUAUACAUUUUUAUAGCAAUGGUAUAUGCCUUUUAUUAUAAUGUUAUUUACAUGUCACAAUUUGUGAAGUGGAAUCAUGGCCUAAUAAUUUUGAAAUGUAUUUUUCCUCUUCUAAGCUUUGUCAUAGAUUUUGGAAAUGAGAGUUUUUACAUAAUGGUAAUCGAUAUCAAUGUGAUUGUGGGAGCGUUUACUGGAUUUCUAUUUAUUUACCACUUUAACAAUUUAUCACAAGGUAAAGUGACUCCAGAAAGGAAGGUUAACAAUAAUGAUUCAUAUGAUAUGGGAUGGAAGAGGAAUCUAGUAGAAGUAUUUGGAUGUAGAUGGUAUUGGACCUGGGUCUCACCAUUCAUUAAAAGUCCUCUACCAGGCAAUGGCAUAAAAUGGGAUAACGAACAUAAAAAUGAAUAACUUUAAUGCCUUGACAGUCUUAUGUGUAACUGCCUUAUUUUUUCUAAUGUAAAUCUUUUAACUAGAAUAAAGAAGUAAGUAACUAUCAUUUUA